GCUCUUGUAAAUACACUGGGAUUAACUCAAAUUGGGAUAUUGUGAAAUAUUUAGAGUCUUUUGAACAAAAUAGGGGUAAAUUAAUCGGCUUCAAGAUCCAAAUCUGCGAUUAAAAUAUCAUGCGCACAGGUUCUGCGCAUCAAUAAGAAGGUCGCCAUCUUGACACAUUGUUUUGGAUAAACGUUUUUAGUGAGGGGGUUUGUCCGCAACUCUGGGAUCACGUUGAGGGUGCUGUGAUAAGCUGUCAAGCUGGAUAAACUACCUGAGUAUCUUCGAGAUACGAUGGAUUGGUUUAUGGGUGACUCUCGGAUUAAUUCUGAUGUAAUAAAUUUGGGAAAUAACUGUAUAAAAAACAAACUGUUUUUAUACACUAUUAUUACUGAUAAUUCAGUUUUAAAGAUACCAUGUAACUUAUCGCGAUUAAUUUAAUUGGAUAAAAGAGUGUAUGCAUUCUCAAGGAGUUGCGCAAGGACAACACAUUGUGGAGAUCUUGUUAUAUAGUACGUCUUCUGUUUAUCCAUCCUCAAGGAAUUACACAAGGAAAAUACAUAGUGACAAUAUCCUUCAUUCAGAAACACUCAGGUCAUCGGAUACCAUUUUUGUUUGAUCAGCAAUAACAUUGAACUGCAGAUUAUUUCUGAUAUCUUUAUUGUGUUUUGUUUACCGGGAAAGAAGGAGAUAAAUCAAUCCACCGCCUGACUAGUUUAUUUUUUCAUCAAUUGAUGUAAAUUUCAAGAACUAAAGCUGGAUCGUUUUUUGCCCUUCAAGAUUAAAAGACAAAGCAUGACGACAGGGAUCUUCUUCGUUCUCAAUUUCUGGAAGGGAAAAAGAAAGGAAAAAGAUUCCCCGACUCCACCAGCUUCUGAUGAACAGCGACAAUAUCUAGAAGAAGAUUGUAUUAAGGAACGAAUUACCGAAGCUGAUCUCUUUAAAUUAGUCUGUUUACCUCCUAGCUUAGAUUAUAACGAAUGGCUAGCUACACAUACUAUAUCAUUUUUUGACCAUGUGAAUUUAAUGUAUGGUGUUGUCUCUGAAUACUGCACCCCUGAAACUUGUCCAGCCAUGACAGCUCCUGGAAAUGUGCAAUAUUUCUGGCAUGACGACAAAGGCAAAAAGUAUAAAUAUCCAGCCUCACAAUAUAUAGAUUACGUCAUGUCAUUUAUACAGAAAACAAUAACAGAUGAAACAGUCUUUCCUACUAAAUUUGGUGAAGUCUUCCCGAGUUCAUUUGAAACAAUCGUAAAGAAAAUACAUAAAUGUUUAUUUCAUGUGUUAGCGCAUAUCUUUCACGCUCAUUAUAAGGAAGCCAUACAGUUAGGCAUUCACGGUCAUAUAAACAGUCUAUUUACGCACUUCAUGGUGUUCAAUAUGAACUUUGAACUGUUAGAAGAAAAAGAUACGGACAUUAUGCAGGACUUGGUUCAAGCGUUAAUAAAAUCGUUACAAGAUCAUAGUAAUAAAUUGAAACAGGAAAUAGAGGAACAGAACAAUAAAAAUAGUCAGGAUGAUAAUAUGGAGAAUAAGGAAAAUAAGGAAAACAGAAGUUCGUAGCCAUUGUGUUUACCCCAUGUCUUUCACGUGUUAAUGUGCAUUUGCCUUGAUGUAUAAUAUAUAUAUAUAACACCAAUUAUUUAAUAACUUGUGACCUUUGACCUGCAGGUGAGGAUACAAGUGUAGUUCACCUGUGUCUUUGAUAUUUGUAACAGAGGGAUAGAAACUGUCAAUCAUAUUGCUACAGCAGCCAAUGACAGAUUGUGAAAAAGACACCUUAUCGCAUUCAAAUAAUAUUUUGGCUGGUUUGACAGAUUUUUGUUCGGGAAGAACUGAAUUUUUGAAAAGAAGUGUAAGUGUUGGUUUGUGAUUUAAAUAUAAAUGUGAUCUACCAGUAUUUAAUGUAACGAAGGCAGUGAUUGAUUAUAUAUGACAGGAUCUACACCAGUGAUCUCCCUUUACAUAUUGUAUCUCUACUUUCAGUUUCUUGAUUAUCUUAUCCAGCCUUAGAACUCCUGAACGAAAGUCACAUCAAGGACAAUAUGAUCCGUUAUUUCUAUAUAUGGUGUUAAACAUUACAGUUGCUAUGUGUAACGGGACAGUUUCUAGAUUGCAGAAAUAGUUCUAUAUUUUCAUUUAGUCGAAUCUCAACAAAAAUAUAGACUGCUUUUAGAAGAAAAAGAAUGUUAAUUCGAUUAAAAAAGAAUAAUUAUUAUAGGUGUAAAAAUACGUAGGAAAAUUGUUAAAUUUGAUUUGUGAUAUGUUAGUGUUUUGGUUAAUACAUACAGUAUGAUCCACAAAAUAAUUGUGCCGAAUAAGCGGUUCGUGAUGACCAGAAUUUUAGCAAAAAUUAUUUGGAUAAGUCUGCAUUGAAAGGAACAGACCAAGAUGUCUGAUUGUCAGAUGUUGAAAUAACAAUCGUGAGCUGAUUAGAGAGUGUGUGUUUAAUCCGUCGGAUAUGAUAUGAUACAAUCUGAUUGAAAUACAGAUCUAUAUUUCUAGGGGUUUACCCCACAGUUCCGCGCAGAGAACGCCAAGAAGUCACCGUAAUAGACCGUUUCAUUGGCAAAUUCCUCACAUCAAUAAGAAUGAUUAUUAUACAACAACUCUCGAAGAUCCUAGUGUAAUAAAGACAAGUAAAAACGAAAUUUUGAACUAUAAAAAAACGAAAGGAAAUAGGAUCUGUGUUUUAGUCAGAUUGGAUAUGAUACAAAAUGUUGAUACUUAUAGAACGUAAAUAAGGGAAUAUUUUGCAUAAAAUUGUAUUUAUUAUUUUAAUGUAUGUAUUUAUGUUUUAAAUCUGCGGUCCAGAUCGUAGCGUGUCUGCAGAAGUUUUGUGUCAUGUGAUUUAUGUUCAUGUUUUUACUUCAAAGAUUCGACUAUGCAUAUUAUCUUGCAAAGUCUUUAUUCAGAUUUUUGUAGUUUUCUGGAAAUCUCUUCUUUUUUUUUUAAAAUGUUACAUCUUUAGAUGUACAUGACAGCACUAAUUGUUAUGAAACAUGGGAAAAAAUAUUUUGUUUCCUUCCCCACUUCUUUGUAAAAUUGUUGUAAAAUUAACACUGGGGACAUUGUAGUCGAGUGGACAAGGUGCUGAAUUAGAAGGCUGUGGGUUUUGGUAUGAUGUUUGGCACCUGUGAAAGUGACAAGGUAAACAAAGCUUAGUCGUUAGGAAAACCGAGAUCCUUGGUGUGCACUUGGGGGUUUGGUGGCCGAAUGGUUAUUGCAUGGGCGUUGAAUUGGAAGGUCUGUCAUUGAGUUAAGUGUUGUUGAUUUGUUUGGAUAGAAAAAAAAUAUAUGAUAAAAUAAUUUGAACUAUUACAAAGACUUAUUAAAUAAAACAGGUAUCAUUCUCACAUGAUUGGGUGGAGUUGUAGAUUUUUUAUAAAUUGUAGGUGUAGGUAUUAAAUGUCAAUCAUGUACUUCAUUGAAUAUUAGUAAAUUUAGAGAUAAAUAGUCAGAUUGUAUUCAAUAUACAUUAGUAAAGGGAGAUAACUCCAUCUUCCAUUCCAUUUUGUUUGUGUCUGUCUGCUAUCAAAGCUUAGAAUGCUAAUAGCUUAGAUUUAAUUAUGAAAUAAAAUCUUUGUUGGGGUUGGGGAAAUAGUAGAUAUUGACUAAUGUGAAUUUAUUGUGCAUCUACAUGUAUCUCAAAUUCAAAGAUUUGACAAAAUUGUUAGAUAUGAGACAAUUCGAAAGCGAAUAUAAUUGAUCUUCUAUGGUCUUGAAAGAAAAUGCGUAGGCCCUAUCUAGUCACUAUCUGGAGUGAUGGCUUUAGAAGUUUGAGAAGUGAGCUGUAUAACAUAAACCUAGUGAAUUGAUGACCAUGAUUUAAUUGCCAGUGUUAGAAAUGCUGUGGAUUUAAUACUGAUAACUGCCUUGUUCAAUAUUUCCUUAGAUUACAAAGUAAGAUUUUAUUGUAAGUUUAUUACUGGUAGUUGCUUCUAGAGUACUUUUCUGAUAUUCUUCCAAUUAUUAGAUCAAUCUGUUUUUAUUCUUGUUUUUGUUUCAUGAUUUGUUGGUACUUGUCUAUUGUUUCUGGUAUUAAGGUUUAUAAUUAACACGUUUUUAUCAGGACUAAGAAUUAUUCAUAAUACUAAAAUACAACUAUCUGACA